CCUCGGAACGCAACGGUCAUGAGCCUGUCGCUGAAAGUUGGUGUCCUGCUGUUCCUGGCGCUGGCCGGGCUGGGGAACGCGGACGAGGCGCCUAAGGUGGAGGUGUACUCCCGCAAGCACGUCGCGAACGGCGAGGAGAACGUCCUCAACUGCUUCGUGAGCGGGUUCUACCCGCCGCAGAUCACCAUCACCCUCCUCAAGAACGGGCAGCCCAUGAGCGACGCGAAGUACGCGGACAUGUCCUUCAACGACAAGUGGUACUUCCAGCAGCUGGUCUAUGCGCCCUUCCGGCCCCGGAGCGGUGACACCUACUCCUGCAGGGUGGCCCACUCUGCCCUCCCGGAGCCGCAGACUUACCGAUGGGAUCCAGACUUCUGAGCUGUGUCUGGGGUAAUAAAGGUCUGAACCAUUUUGCUUUGCAAGAUGAAAUAUUCCUGAGCUUCUUUCCUGUCCUUUCUUCACUUUGCAGUUAUGGCUAGGAUGAAGAGCAGCAGCAUCAUCACCUGCAGAACUCCUCCUCCUUUAAUAAAGCUUACACAGUACCCAAGGCAGGGAGUGGGGUUGGUUGAGCACUUAGCUAUAGAUCUCCACCUAACCAAUCAAAGCACCUUUGUACCUCUUCAGCUCUGAUUUGUGUGGGAGUUUUACCUGAAUAAAAUUGGAAGACCUCAGUGGGG